GGACCAAUUGAGACAAUAAUGAUCGUUUCCUGCUGUGCACAUGAUGAGCUCUCGCCAGAUCACCGAAAUAGACAUGUAAACAUCCAAGUUACAUGAAGACUUUGACUGACAAGUAGUGCACUCAAUGAAGCACGUUUGAGUUGGAGGUCAUAACAAUUAUUAACUGGAAGGAAAGAUUCAGGGGUGAAAGAGCACCUCUGGAUCAGAUUAUUGGCUACCGGCAGAAGAGAAACAUCUGCAAAUCAACUGCUGACCGAGAAGCAGCAAUGGAGCAGAUCUGUGGCUUGACUGUGAGAGAAACUGUGGAGAAGGUGGCCGCUUCGCUGGGCUGCCCGACGACUUCUGAACGGGUGGCCGCCUUCUUGGACGACCAUGACGAAUUAAGACACCUAAGAGAGAACUUUUUCAUGCCCAAAAUAGCAGAUUUGCCUACCUCGGAUCUGUCGCUGGUAGAUGGCGCCAAAGACAGCAUCUAUCUGGUUGGCAACUCGCUGGGCCUGCAGCCCAAAAUGGUCAAGAAGUACUUGGAGGAAGAGCUGGACAAGUGGGCCAAAAUGGGCGUGCACGGCCAUAUGCAGGGGUCACGACCUUGGGCCUGGGCUGAGAACAACAUGGAGGUGCUCAUGGCGAGACUUGUCGGAGCGCACCCAGAAGAGGUUGCGUUGAUGAACGGGUUGACGGUCAACCUACACCUCCUGAUGCUUUCCUUCUACCAACCCACGGCUGCGCGGCACAAGAUACUUCUGGAAGACAAAGCCUUCCCUUCGGACCAUUACGCUGCCGAAUCUCAGAUCCGACUACGAGGAUUUGACCCUGAGCAGAGCAUGUUGCUGCUGAAGCCUAGACCGGGGGAGGAGACUCUACGAACAGAGGACAUCCUGGACGUGAUCGAGAAAGAGGGCGCCUCUGUGGCAUUAGUGAUGCUCAGUGGAGUUCAGUACUACACUGGUCAGCUGUUCAACAUGGCCGCCAUCACCAAGGCUGCCCAGAACAAGGGCUGCUUGGUGGGCUUCGACCUGGCCCACGCAGCAGGAAACGUUGAGCUGAAGCUGCACGAUUGGGGCGUGGACUUUGCUUGUUGGUGCUCUUACAAGUAUUUAAACUCCGGUUGCGGUGGGAUCGCUGGGGCGUUCGUCCAUGAGAAACAUCAGUACACCAUCAAAGCUGCGCUGACGGGGUGGUGGGGUCAUGACUUAAAAACUCGUUUCCAGAUGAGCAAUGAGUUGGAGCUGCAACCCGGAGUGAAAGGCUUCAGACUGUCCAACCAGCCCGUUCUCCUUGUGUGCGCCCUGCAGGCCAGUUUGGAGGUUUUUAACAUGACCAGCAUGCAGCUACUACGCAGGAAGUCCCUGUUGCUAACGGGCUACUUAGAGUAUCUAAUUGGCCACUACUAUAAUGAGGAUCCCUCCCAAGCCUGCAAACCUCACGUGCGCAUCAUCACGCCAUCUGACCCGCAGCAGAGAGGCUGCCAGCUGUCACUCUGCUUCUCUGUGCCCAUCCAAAGAAUCUUCCAUCAGCUGGAGAAGAGGGGUGUGGUUUGUGACAUGCGUCAACCGAGUGUGCUGCGCAUCGCCCCGGUGCCACUCUACAACUCCUUCAGUGACGUCCAUCGCUUCAUCCAAAGUUUGGAAGCGUCUGUGGCCGCCAGCUGCCAGUGAGCCACCUGCAGUCAGCAAGUCCAAAAAGACUCUUAAAAAGACGAAAUAAACAAAUUAAAAUAAAACAAAAAACGAUGAACUUUUUAUUUUCAUCGCUUGCUCUAUAACACUACGUCAAAACAAAAAAAAAUAGAACUCAACACAGUAUGCAUUCAAGCUUAAAAACAAAAACAAAGUGCCACCAAAUUGUGUGAGCGUGGGGCCCCAAAUUUCAUGGUCGAUAAAGUGUCACAGAAGAGCAGGACAAAUCUGACGGCCCAAAUUAAUGAUGAAAAAAAAUUGUGUUCUUGCUAACCACUACUCACUAGGUACUCGAAAUUUCCUUUCCAAAUCCAUAACCCCAUUUGCCUGCCAUAUGUGCCCUGGGAUAGACUGGCAACCAAUACUUGGUGUAGUCAAAUCAACAUCUAGUACCGGUACUUACUUCAAGAGAAGAUUCUGGAGAUUAAACACAAGAGUCAAGAUUUGUAUUUGUAUAGAUAUUUCUUUUUUAUUAAUCAUUUGUUAUUCAACAGUAUAAGAAAAGCUCCAGCUAUUAAUAAUUUCCAAAAUAGAGUAAUUUAAAAGUUCUCACUGAUGAAUCACAAAAAUCAUCGUGAAUUGUGAUUACAUGUAUUGCAAGUUGUCUAAUCUGUCUACAUUUUAAACAAUGCAGUGAUCGGCAGCAAAAGAAAAGAAAUUGUCGAAAUGAUUGUGUCAGAGUGCCACAUCGAUAUUUCUUUCUUCAAAUAUUGCCUGACAACACGUAAAGCUAAAUACUGUUUGUCUAUAAACAUUCUAUUGUAAAAAUUCCAUUACAGUCACCUUUUUGCUAUUUUUUAAAAUACAAAGCAGCUCAACAAGACAAUGUGAUUACGGUAACUGAAGUCACACAAACUUCACACAAUCUGGGUGCAAUCCACACAAAUUAUAUGUACGGUAUAUAUAUAUAUAUGUGUGUGUGCAACUUUUUCAAAGAGCUUCAAGAGAACCAUGGCACAGAAGAUUCAACACUAAAAGACUUUCACAGAAGGAAUGUGUCGGUUGUACUUUCAAAUCUUUAUGCUUAAAGAUGAUCACCGCGGAAUGAAGUCAAGAUUGCCUGUUACUGUUAUUUGCAUCAAGCUUCUGACCACUUCACUCUUUUUACUGUUCAGUUGCAGUUAAGAGUAUGACAUUCGGACAACCCUUUGUGGAUUUUCAACUCAGAACCUUUCUAAAACAGGCUAUAAAAAACAAAAACAAAUGAAAAACUGUCCCUAAAUCACUAAUUGCAUGCGGGAAAAGAGAACAAUUAAUUUCCAGUGACACUUAAAAAACUGAUGCUAAAAUUACAAAAGAAUCUAUGAUCAAACACAUGCUAAUAGUUAAUAGUUAAUGUCGAGGAGGCAGUUUUCAAUUAAUAUAUAUUUUUUUAAUUUCAUAUUUACUGUCAUUAUGACUUGGCAGUCCCAAAAAAGCUAUAUAAUAAUAAGGUGCUUACAAGGAGACAGGUCAACUGUUGGCCACAUCGUGUGCCUGCUCUGAGUGCAUAACAAAUGAUGGACACCUUGUAAGUUAUGCCUUCUCUCAGUUAGUUGUUUUUCCUCGGGUAAGGUGUUUUCUUGCUCGUCACAUAAUAGGCACAAGAGGGCCAGAGACGAUCAUUGAUCGUUUACUGCUGUCUGGUAAUCCAGUUUUGACAAAUAUGACAACGUUUUUUGUUUUGUUUUUUAAUGAAAAUGUCAAACUUUUUUGAACGAAAAUUUUAAACUCCCACUUUAAGCAAACCAUCUUGAUGUUGAAACUGUAAUGAUGGAAAAUAAAGCUUCAAAUUUGCUUCAUGGACCAAUUGUUGUAUGUUGAAUCCUCCAGAUGGCACUGUUGGUUUAAAUGAAGAGGUUAAAGAAAUGACCAUUUGAAGUAAUGACUUUCAUAUUUGAAAUAAUGUGCUUUCAGCUCGAUGUUGAACACAGAGUGCCAUCAAGAGAAAUAAAAAAGAAAAUACAACUGGUUCAUGAAGCAAAUGUGACGCUUCAUUUUCCAAACAUUAGAAUACUGUUAAAAAAAUAAUAAUAAUAA